AAUUGAAAUAAGAAAAAUGAUAUCGAGUUGUUGAGAUUUGCCAGUAGUACAAGGGCCUGAAUAAUCAGUAGUGAGAAAUCAAAUUCAGGCGAGUGAUACUGGCGAUUUUCAUUUCGCAAGAUUUCGAAUGAAAUUGUUGGCUGGAUCGUUGUCGAUUCAAGAUCCAGACAAGAAGCUGUUCUUGCUUUUAAAUUCUAAACUAUUUUCUUUGAUUUGAAAUAAGAAAAAACUGAAAAUGAAACAAAAUUGAACAUGAUAUAAGUUUACCGUAGCUAACGAUGAGCAAAAUCGCCGUGGAAGAGUAGCAGUAGGACUAGGUCCACUGUGAGUGUAGGUUAUAUUGGGAGUAUUUAUAGCGAUAAACUAACUGAUUAGGGUUUUGUUUAGGUUUUGGAGAGGAGAAGGAAGGGUGCCGAAGACUAAUGGGCCUCAGCCACUUCUAUGAGCUCUGUUAGGCCUCGAAUAAUGGGCCUUGAAUAAUGGGCCUCCGCCACUUCUAUGAGCUCUAUUGGGCCUCGACUAAUGGGCCUCAAUUAGAAGUAGUGGACGAUAUGUCGUUUCAUGUAUAACUUGCUUUUCUGAUUUUAUUUUCAAGAACGAGCACCAGCUGCGCAACGAUGGCGCUGUUACAGAAACGUUUCUUCUGUAGCGAGGUCCCAAAGAAAUGGGCGGUGAAGCAAGUGACAAAGUCUAAUUUCGCCGAGUCCUUGGAGGAAAUCAAGCACCACAUCUCCAGCUCCGACUUCGUGGCCGUAUCCCUGCAAAAGACAGGCUCUUUCUCCGCCCCAUGGCACUGUGCCCACCCCUUUGAUACGGCCGAAACUUCUUAUAACAAGGCCAAGUACGCCGCCGAGCGCUUCCAGAUUUUUCAGUUUGCCGUUUGCCCCUUUUCUGUAAAUGGCUCUAAGCUCGUAGCUCACCCGUAUAACUAUCUCUUAUUCCCCAGAGAUGAACUAAAAGUAGGGAUGCCAUCUUACAGUUUUUCAUGCCAAACUUCAUAUUUGACAUCCAUGGCUCGAGAAGGUUUCGACUUUAAUGCGUGCAUUUAUGAUGGUAUAUCCUACUUGUCUAGAGCACAGGAAGAUAAAGCGAAAAUUCGGAUAGGGAAUCCAAGACCCAGCCCUCUUAUACUUGAUUCUACUGCUACCCCUACUGUUGCUGAUGCCUUAUUUAUUGAAAGAAUUAAAUCAAGAGUUAUUCAUUGGAAAAAGACAUGUAAAAAAACGAAGGAGAGCACACAUGAUGCUCUGAUGAAUUCGUUAAGAAAACUUAUAUUGGGAAGUGAAUUUUAUGGGUCUAGACCAUGCAUCACUAUAGAUGUCUGCACCGAACGACAAGUGAAGCUUGCACUAGAGAUGUUAAGAGACUUCGCUGAUGAACUUGUUCCUGUACUAAUUCCAGGAAGGAGUGGAGGAACCCAGGCAGUUCGUGUGGUUUUAACAAGCUCAAAAGAAGAUAAGGACUUGUUUGAGAGUGAGCUUCAACGCUUUGAAGAGGAAGAAAAUAAGAAAGUUCGGGGAUUUCGAGAGGUGAUCGAUUUGAUUUCUGCUUCGCAGAAACCUGUUGUCUCCUACAAUUCCCUUACUGACCUUACAUUUAUUCACUCAAAAUUCAUUGCACCCCUACCUCCUACCAUAGAUGAGUUCACAAGCUCCUUGAGUAAGGUUUUCCCCUGUGUCCUUGAUGUCAGCCAUCUGAUGAAGUUUAUUGGUCCUUUGAGGAAAGUGACCAAUAUACCUGUGGCUAUUUCCCUCCUGAAUAAUCACGUCUUUGCACCAAUUGAUAUUGAAAUCCUGAACAAAGCAACUGAAAAUGAAGGCAAGAUUCAUGGGCACAACGUUGUAAGGAUAAGUCAUCUGUUUGCCAAGCUAUGCUCUAUUCUGAAAAUUGGCCUCAAUUCUACCACAUCUGAUAGUAAAGUACUUUCAGCUCCAGCUCUUAUAGAGUCUACAAAUAUUUUCAAUGCAUUAUCUACCUGUUCUGAAGAGUCAAUCAAUGAGGAAAUCAGUGUCUGGAGAAAGAGUACAAGAAAAGUUAGCUGUGAGCAAUUAGUAUACCUGUGGGGAUUCAGAAGUGAGAAGACUGCUGGAAAGCUGAAGACCUUGCUGCAGAACUCACAUUCCAUAUUCUCCGAAGAAUUCGAUAUUCGUUUAGUGGAUAAGAGCUGUGCUGUCAUUGUUUUCUGGCAGCCUGGUUUGGCUGAAAAUUUUCUGGAUGUUAUGAACAACAUUGAAAAGAUUAGUGGAUCUUUAAGGGAGAUGGUCUCCGAGGGUCUGAGGGCAGCGUCUUAUGAGACUUACAAGAGAGUUUGUAAGUUAGAUAUGUGGGAAACAAACCUGGGAGAAUCUUUGGACAGAGCCUUGGAAGAUCCUGAGUACCUCGCUGAAGCUACUCCUGAAGCAACUCCCAGAGAAAUAUCCUGGUCUAAUGAUUCUGUGAUUAAUUACAAUGACCUUUAAUGAGUAUAUUCAUUUUCUGAAUAUCAGACACUUUCAACCAACUAGUGCAGAGAAUAGUAGUUUUGAAGCUACAAUCAUGAAGGAGGCCCUUUUUUUGUAUGUGAUUCAAUGAGUUUUUCACUCUUCUUCAGAAGAUAUUAUGAGUUGUAUUCCAUUUAUUAUUUUUUCAAAAGGGUCUUUUGUUGAAUUACGAUUUGAAAUUGUACAUGAUAAUCAGCAGCAAUUGAUUUAAAAGAAAUAGGAGAAUUCAUUAACUUGUUUGUAAUA